AUGUUUUCAUCGAGGCUUUACUCGUCGGAUUCAUGUCCAACAAUGAACCCACACGGAAAGGGCAAUGAUGAUGAAUUGAAUAUUAAAAUACAUCCUUCCUCUUGCAUCGCCACCAACAACAAUAGCUCUUCAUCCACAACAUGCCAAAAUGAUCAUUCAAAUAAUAACCUUCUUCUCGAUGAUGGAAGUAACAACAAACAUUCAUCUCCCAGUAAUAAUUUUAGUUCAACAAAAACAACUUCCGUUAGAAGAUUAUCAACCGAUGAUUCUUUAUCAGCAUCCAUGGUGGCGUUGUCGAUGAACACACCAAAAAACCUUGAUUCCAAAACACAACGAAGACAAUCUUCAUCAUCAGCAUCAUCGUUAACAAGUAAUAGUACUCAUUCCGAUUCAAUAUUAUCUCUUUUUAAAAGUAUGGGAAAAAGCCUUUCACCUACCUCUUCGAACAACCAAGAUCACAACUCUCCCAAGAACACAGGCAAUAAUCAAUUGUCAUCACCCUCUUCGGGCUCAAGCAGACCAUCAUUUUCAUCACAAUCCAAUAGUAUGAAUUCUCCUGCACGUAAAAAUUACUUUAACUUUGAUGAGACAAAAUAUGAAAAUUCUUGUCGAAAAGCUAUUGAAGCUGGAAAAGCUAUAUUGAAAAUAAUUUUGAAAAACGCUAAGGACAAAAAACUUGCAACAAGUCAACUGUAUUAUUAUGUAGAAAUUGAAAUAUUUCAGUCAUCAAAAAGAACGUGUUUAAAAAGUUGUGUUAAACAAGGGGAAGAAACUAUGACUUGGAACGAGGAAUUUCAUGUCUCAAUUUCUCCUUCUGUAGAAGAGACAUUUUCUGUUUCUCUUUGGUCACUGGCCCACAAGAUUUCAACAGAUAAUGCUCAAUUGAUAGGCCGCUUUCAAUUUGACAUUAAAAGUCUCGUGAAAGGAGAAGAAAAAUUAAUAGCGAUAACUUUGAGCAACAACAGCACCAUCCUAGAAUUUUCAUUGACACCAUUUAAUUUUGGAAUUGUUUCUACACAUGAACCUCACUCGCCGCAUGAUGAUAUUCCAAUCGCUGCUAAACCUGUCGAUGGUGUUUAUAAUUCAAGGUAUAAAGUGUGUGGAAGAAUUGGAAAAGGUAAUUUUGGAACUGUCGUGAAAGUGAAAGAUUUGCAAGACGGAAAAGAAAAAGCCAUGAAAAUAGUACCAUGCUCAAAUCUUAGCGAAUCCAGUCAAGCAUAUAGAGAAGCCACAACUACAAAACAAAUUAAGCAUGAAAAUCUAGUUGAAUAUUUGGACAUCUUCAUUAGCAAAUCUGAAGUCCCAGGAACAAAUAUUACACAGUUCGAUAUAUGUCUAGUAAUGCCAAUUUAUGUAAAAGGAGAUUUAUAUGCCAUGGUGGAUGCUCGAUCGUCAGCAACUGGCAAGCGAUAUAUUACACCAAAUAUGCUUGUAGAGAAAAUUUACGAAUUUGCAAAGGGAUUGGAGUGUUUACAUUCGCAUAAUAUUAUUCAUAGAGAUAUGAAGUUGAAAAAUACCUUUUUUGACGAGUCAUACAGAGUCAAGAUUGGAGAUUUUGGAUUUUCAAGAUUUGUACAUGAUGGCGAGAAAGCUCAUACUAUUUGUGGCUCACCCAACUAUACUGCACCAGAAAUUGAAAACUCUACUGGGUAUGGCAAAGAAGUUGACAUAUGGAGCUUGGGAGUAAUGAUUUAUGAAAUGAUCACUCUCAAUAUUAAGAGAUCUCAUCUUAUAGCCAGAACGGAUUUCGAUUCGUACAUUAAUACAUUGUGCUCAGAAGCCAUCCAGGCCUAUAAAGACAAAGCAAUCCAUGAACCUCUGACAGAAUUGCUUAAAGGAACAAUUGCUCUCAAUCCUCAAGACAGAUGGAGCGCAUCUCAGUGUGUGCUGUUCCUGAAGAAAUUGAGAGAGCAAAUAAAUGCAAACAAAUGA